UUUACCCGAUGGCGCUGGUGAUGGAGCCGGUCAGCAAGUGGACGGCGGGCCAGGUGGUGGACUGGAUGAAAGGCUUGGACGACUGCCUGCAGCAGUACGUGUGCGUGUUUGAGCGCGGCGGCGUGUGCGGCGAGAGGCUGCUGCGGAUCAGCCACGCCGAGCUGGAGGACCUGGGAGUGACCCGCAUCGGACACCAGGAGCUCAUACUGGAGGCCGUCGACCUGCUCUGUGCACUGAAUUCCGGCCUGGAGACGGAGAGCGUCAGAACGCUGGCCCACAAGCUGGGCGCCUCGGCCAAAAACCUGCAAAACUUCAUUUCAGGCCGGCGUCGCAGCAGCCAAUCGGAGAGCAGGACGUCGCGGCGGCUCCCCAACGACCUGCUCACGUCCGUGGUCGACCUCAUCACCGCCGCCAAGAGCCUGCUGGCGUGGCUUGACAGGUCUCCGUUUGCUGCGGUGGCAGAUUACUCGGUGACCCGAAAUAACGUCAUCCAGCUCUGCCUGGAGCUCACCACCAUUGUGCAGCAGGACUGCACGGUGUUUGAGACGGAGAAUAAAAUCCUGCAUGUGUGCAAGACUCUGUCCGGGGUGUGCGAGCACAUCGUGUGCGUGUCGUCGGACCCGCUGGUGUCUCAGUCGGCCCACCUGGAGCUGGUCCACCUCACCAACGUCAAAGCCUCAGACGGCCUGGGAAUGUACAUCAAGUCGACCUACGACGGCCUUCACGUGAUCACGGGGACAACGGAGGGGUCUCCGGCCGACCGCUGUAAGAAGAUCCACGCGGGAGAUGAAGUCAUCCAAGUCAAUCACCAGACUGUGGUGGGCUGGCAGCUGCGCAACCUGGUGGGUUCUCUGCGGGCCGACAAGGGCGUGGUGUCCCUGACGCUGAAGAAGCGGCCGCAGAGCACGCUCAGCUCGGCCCCGGCGCUGCUCAAGAACAUGCGCUGGAAGCCGCUGGCCCUGCAGCCAACCAGGAGCCCGGGCAGCAGCUCGGCCACGCCGUCAGGCACCCCCACCAAGACCUCGGCCCUCCAGGACCUUUACAUUCCACCUCCGCCCAUGGAGCCAUAUACGCCCAGAGACGAGCCAGUCACCUUGUCCGGAGACGAGGCGUCUCGCGGCCACAGCGGCGUGGCCAAGCGAUCCGAUUCGCCGAACUCUUUCCUAGAUCAAGAAUCCCGGCGGCGAGAAGAGGACGAGCCGGUUUACUGCACCACGCCGACGUACGGCAGGCUCAGGCCCAUCUCCAUGCCCGUGGAGUGCAACUGGGGGGGCGACUACGAAGACCCCGCCAAGCUUCAGCGCGAAAACCGCAGAGAGACGUCGCUGAUGCGUUACGUGGGCCUGACGGGCGGCGGCGGCGGUGGGGUGGAGGAGCGGGUCGCCUCCGAGGACUACGCCUCCCACACGGCGCGCCCGGGCAAGCGGACCAACGACACGGCCAAACGCACCAAAAGGCGGAGUCACCACAGUCAGAGCCCCUCCCACUAUAUCCUGCAAGCCAAUCAGCGAGAGUCGCCACCCAGAGACCCCGCCUCCAUUUACCACACGUAUCAACAGCCCUCAUCACUGCAGACAAAGACCCGAAAGAAGAAUAAAGGGCGAAGUUUGGCCGGCUUGAGUCGCCGGCGCGUUUCCUGCAAGGCGCUGGGCCGUGGCGACUGCGAGGGCUGGUUGUGGCGCAAGAGAGACGCCAAGGGUUACUUUUCUCAUAAAUGGAAGAAGUAUUGGUUUGUUCUGAAGGACAACUGCCUGUACUGGUACAUCAACGAAGAGGAUGAGAAAGCAGAGGGCUUUGUCAGUCUUCCAGAAUUUAAAAUCGACCGUGCCAGUGAAUGCCGAAAGAAGUAUGCAUUCAAAGCGUGCCACCCCAAGGUCAAGAGCUUCUUCUUUGCAGCCGACGGCGUGGACGACAUGAACAGGUGGUUGAGUCGACUCAACAUGGCCGCCGUGGGCUACGCGGAGCGAGAAAGGCUUCGCCAAGAGCAAGAUUACUGGAGCGAGAGCGAGCACGAAGACGACGCCACCUCCAGCCCCAAACAGGACAGCCCCCCGCCUCCAUACGAUACCUACCCGCGGCCCCCGUCGAUGAGCGCUUACUUGGAAGGCCGGACGACGCGACUGUCUUCCACCGAGACGUCCCGUUCCCGCUCGUCCCAGGAGGACUUCCUUUGUGGCGAACCCUCCGCCGCCGCCGCCGAGCCGCAGUACCACCCCGGCCCUUUGGGCGGCGCCGCCAUGCACGGCAGCAGGAGGCCGGGCGGCAGCAGCAGCAGCGACGUGCCGUACAGAUGCGACCCUGUGGAGUACCGCUCCAGUCCCGCAGGAGGAAGCAGCGAGACCGGCUCCCCUGGCCGGUCGUCCUCCUCUCAGAGACGCUCCUGGCAGGACUUGAUCGAGACGCCGCUGACGGAGGCCGGACUGCACUUCCUUCAGACGGGACCGCUCGAGGACGCCGUCUUCGCCGAGCCGACGCCGAUGUCGGCCGGGGCCGUUUACACGCUCCCCGCGCCGAGGAAUGCACCGUUGCCCGUGGCGAUGCAGAGGCUGAUCCCUAUGGCAACGCAAGGAGGGAAACCCCGCAGCUUCACGCUGCCACGCGACGGCAACCUACACAUGCUGUUGGCGCCGCCCGCCAUGGAGGAACCGCACGCGCACGGCGGUGGCAGCGAGGGGGCGUCGCUGGGCGACCUGUUCCGGGCGUGCGAGCAGGGCGGCGUGUGUCCGCUCGGCCGGGAGUCCGAGGCCAAAGGUCACUCCAAGUUCAGGCAGUCCUUCCUGCGGCGAACCGCCGACCCGCAGCUCAACGACCGUCUGCACCGCCUCCGCAUCCUGAGCUCCACGUUGAAGGACAGAGAGGGGGAGCUCGCGCUGAUUGACAGGUUGUUGGCCCGCCCCCAGCUGUCGUCCGCAGAGUUCCAGGAAUGGAAGCGAGCUUAUCGGGAGCUCUUCUCGCAGGCGCCGAACGAGGCCGACGAGCCCCGACCCGAGCCCGAGCGCGAACCGGAGCCCGAGCCCGGGCCGCCGUUGACCCCCUCGCUCUCCCACACGCACUCUUAUAUCGAGACGCACGUCUGACGUGCGCACACCCGCAAAAGUGACGUCAUCCGGCAGAGGAGUCGUCGUCGUCGCAGAGCGCUCGCUUAGCAGGAAGUGAUGUCGUGAGGCCGCCAGCUGCCCGUGAGAUGAUUGACAGACGUGAAUGUCAUCGUUUGAUAGGAGGACCAACUCAUCUUUUAGAGUCCUGUAUCAUUUGGUUUUUUUUCAUUUGACAUUUUUAACGUUAUAGCUCCCAUAUUUUGGCUAUUUAGACGCCCGUUGAAUGACACAAAUGUUCAUUUCCAUUUCAUCAUAAGAUUAUACGGAAAAGGCCGUCUGACAGCUGUUCUGUAUCCGCUUUCUCCAUAUUUGGCUGAGACCGCCCCCUCGCCCCUCAUCGGUUGCCUCUGUGUUUGCAAUGUUGACAGCGUUGGCUCCGCGGCGGAGAGGUAGGCGGACAUCUUUGCGAGUGACGGAGAGAAGCACAAGAAAUUACAAUGAGCAGAAAAAAGCCUGGUGCCUGAACCAUUUUAAUUCACAUUACAAGACAACAUAACAUCCCAAAUAAGAGAAAAGUUAGUUUUCCGAAAUGAGUAUGACUGUGUAAACAAUGUUAAUUGUACACAGUGCCUUUCGAAAUCCGAAGCAGAAUUUCAUUUGGGGCCUCCUUCCCACCAUGUUUACGCGUUGAAUGUGUUCAAGAGUCCUCAAUAUUUUAUGAGGUCGAAACAAAUAGAAUAAUUAUUCGCUUUUGGGCUUUGCUUGCCCAUUGCAAAUGGAAAGAAUGAAUGAUACGCCAUUUUUUUUUUAGCCGCUGUUUUUGUCGUUCAACGGUGUGGAAACUUCAGAGGGGGAGAGGUUUCUGCUGCGCGGGCUAUCUUUUAAGUCUGGAAACUGAAUGCAUCUUUUCAAGAAAAGACAUUUUCAUUUUCAACAACAACUUGUGAUUCACUCGCGAUACGAACAAAGAAGGCCUUCAGUAGCUGCGCAACAUUUGUGACGCAAAGGUUGCUCGCGCUGUGCAAGAGCCGCGCCAACCCGAUGCAUACUUCCGCACUGUCAUCCAUUUUUAGAUAUUCUCAGCAAGAGAUAUUCACUGAGUGCACCUUUUCCUUUUAUUUACACUCCAGAAAAGAAGACAGUAUGUACAUAUUGUAGAGGUAAAACAAAUAUAGUUCACUAUAUAUAUAUAUAUUUCCGUUUAUUCCAGACUUAAGGGACACCCUGUGGAAUGAUUGCGCACAAUCAAGAGUGACGGAGUGUACUAGUAAUUACAAAGGAGCGUGGAUCCUACUUAUUUUUCCUGGAUGAAUGUCUUAGCCUUCCUUUGUAUAUCUAUAAAUAGCAUCAAUGUUACGUGAUGAAAAUUCAAUUGCACUCUCACCAGCCAGAACAUUAGGCACACCUCCGCAAUCUUGCGACAUCGAACAGCAGAGCGCUCUGCCAAAGAAACAAAAAGUAGUGCACUGCUUGUUUUUAAAUGUUGGAGUUUGCCGUAGUUUAUGACGACCCUUUCGAUAUCAUCUCCAGUAUAGCUGCAGCUCUUGUAUAUUGAUUCUCAGGCGUUCCUAAUGUUCUGACUGUUGGGUUUUGUGGCACACGCAAGCGCAAAGUUCCGCACCGACACGCUUGAGAAGAACCCAAAGCUGAGGUGGGACGCUCGCUCCGUGCCGCCGUUGCUUGUAGUCAUUAGUAGCAUGUACUUGCUGUAAAUACACACAAUAUUAUUUAUUCAUAUGAUAGAACUUUAUGUUAAUAAGCGUUUUGGCUUGUGUACGCUAUCCAUUUUUUUUUUUUUUUUUUUUUUUAGGGGUGAGAGUCAAGAUUGUGUAAUGCUCGACGUACAAAUUAUGAUCUUAAAAAAAAAUCAAUUGUUCAUGCGCGCGUUCUGUGACGAGACACGGAUACCCGA